CGGAGAAGUGCGCAGACAACAUGGCGGCCCCCGUGAGGACAUUGUGCUGUUCAGUGUUGAGGCUCUCCAGCAGGCAGUUCAGCACAACGUGUGGCGCACGAGCCGGGGAGAAAUGGAGGAAAGAACACGGACUUGCCCGAAGUGGAUCAGAAUACGGCCCUCUGACGGACCUGCCUGAUUGGUCCUUUGCAGAUGGGACACCAGCACCUCCAAUGAAAGGACAGCUGAGAAGAAAGCAGGAGAGGGAAGUUUUAGCUAGGCGCAUCGUGAUGCUGAACUCGGAGGUGGACAGAGGAAUGGAGGCGUGGAGUGACAAACAGGAAGAAGCCAAACGACUGGAGGAGCACAAAAAGUCUCUCUUACUCAAACCCAAAGGGAAGUUGUUAAGGAAGAAAAUCUAAAAGUUAAGAGAUCGUGUAAUCGUGAUCUAUUUCCUUAUUUGGAUUUAUUGAAUAUAUGUAUGAGGACUUGUGGGGUUUUCUCCCGCUUUACAAUUUGUUUUUCAUGGAUUUCUGCAAUAAAUGUUCUGAUAAAUGUUUAAAUCUUU